GGCUGCGCGUGCAAACCCGCCAGCUGCGGGUCAGGUGACUGCUUUUCCCUGGCAACGGCUUGUUCCUAGCAACCGGGCGGCAGUCCAGGCCCAGCUGCGGGUGGGCGAGAGAGGAUGAAUCCGUCAGCUGCCCUCGGGGUCCUAGAGCAAAAUGGGGAUGAACACUCAAACGCUCCGAUUCUUGGGCCCUCGGUACAUUCGGAUGAUCCGCAGGAGCGAAUCCAGGCCCGGCGCCUGCGCAUCGCUGCGCGCCAGGAAGCCCGGAGGCGGGAAGCACUUGGAGAAUAUUUAGAUGGGAAGAAGGAGAUCAAGGAAGAUCAAAGCAAGAGUUACAAACAGAAAGAAGAAAGCAGAUUGAAAUUGACUAAAUUACUUCUCUGUGGCACUGAGUUGGUGACAAAUAUCCAGGUGGCCACAGACAUUAGAGAGAUCCACAGGAGAAUCGAAGAAGAGGAGGUAAAGCGCCAGAGACUUGAGAAGCUGGAGAAUGAAGUCAAGACCAGCCAGGACAAAUUUGAUGAAAUCACCAUGAAGUGGGAGGAGGGCAGACAGAAGCGGAUCCCCCAGGAACUGUGGGAAAUGCUCAACAACCAGCAGCUACACUGUGCUGGGCUCAUUGAAGACAAGAACAAGCUCAUCAAUGAACUGCAGCAGGAGUUAAAAAUAAAGGACGACCAGUAUGUGAAGGACUUGAAGAAACAGUCAGAUGAUAUCAGCUUGCUUCUGGAGAGGAUGGAAGAGCAAGUGAAGAAUGUGAUGAAGAACUUCCGGCAGGAGCUCUACCACAUUGAGAAAGCCUUUGAGUUGGAACGACAAGAGCUGUUGACUAGCAAUAAGAAGAAAUGGGAGCAUGCGCUGCAGGCUCACAAUGCCAAGGAGCUGGAGUACCUCAUCAACCGCAUGAAGAAAGUGGAGGAUUAUGAGAAACAGCUGAACAAGCAAAGGACCUGGGACUGCGAAGAGUACAACAUGAUCAAGAUCAAGCUGGAGCAGGACGUGCAGAUUCUUGAGCAACAGCUUCAGCAGAUGAAAGCGACAUACCAGCGAAACCAGGAGACGUUGGAGUACAACUUCCAGGUGCUGAAGAAGAGAGAUGAAGAGAGCACAGUGAUCAAAUCCCAGCAGAAGAGGAAGAUUAACCGCCUGCACGAUGUCCUUAACAACCUGAGAUCAAAAUACACCAGGCAGAUAAAGCAGUUUCAGGAGGAGAACCAGUCUCUGACUUCUGACUACAAACGGCUUGUGUCACAGUUCAAGGAGCUACAGAAAGCCAUGAGACACUUCAGCAUUAUUGAUGAGGAGAAGUUUCGGGAGAUUUGGCUGAUGAAUGAAGAAGAGGCGAAGGGACUAAUGCAGAGGGCCUUCGAUGCAGACAAGGUCAUCAGCACCCAGCACCUGGGGCUGUCCUGGAGGAUGCCUGACUUCUGGUUCCUGAAGAAUGUGGGACCAAUUUCCCUGCAGCAGCGGAAGUCAGCCACACAAAUACUGGAAGAACUGCUGUUGCAAACAGAAGAGGAGAGGACAGAAGCAACUGGGUCAGAAGAGUCUUACCUAGACCUACCCAAGCAAAUUUCAGCAAAAACUACCAGAAAGAUCCUGAUGCUCCUGUGUGAUGAGUCGGGUUUCCUCAUAGAGAGCAAGCUGCUGAGCCUGCUCCUUCCCUUAGAGAAGACUGAAUGCUAUCUGCUGAGAUUGGAUGCCAUCUUCUCUGCCCUGGCAAUUGAAAGUGAGGAUGACUUGUAUAAACUGGUGAACUUCUUUCUCAAGUACCGAACUCAUCAUUUACGCUCUACCCAGUUCAGUGCCUCUAGUCAAGCCAACACAGAAUGCACAAGCCUGAUGCCGGCAUUGGAGACCUUGAGCCUGGUGUGCACAAUGGACCGAAGGAGCCCGGUGUCUAAAUCAGAGCAGGAGCCCGAAGAGCAGGAGGAGCACCAGGGAAGCAACAAGGGGAGCCUUGUGGGCAGGGUGCUGAGAGAGAAGGAGACCCCAUCUUCACCCAGGCUUAUUCACCCCAACGAUGUCCUCAAGGUCCUAGAAGCCUUUGUCAAGGGGCUGAGGAAGCCCAAGGAGGCUCGGCCACUACCCAGAGUGCAGAAAGAUGUGCAAGAUAACUCAAAGGACUCUGAGUACUGGUCGGCUCUGACCACGGUUAUCCCUUUUGCCAAGCAGAACCUCUGGGAUGCACUGUACAAGGCCUUGGAAAAAUACUACCUUGUGCUAACCCAGAGAGCCAAGCUGCUGAUGGAAAACAAUUCUCUAGAGCAGCAGAACGUUGAGAUGCAGUCACUCCUGCAGCAGUAUCUCCAAGCCAAGGUAAAUUCUGAGCUGCAAAUUCCUCCGACUCAGGGUUUCCAGAUGCCAACAAAAUAGAAGUGGAUCUUCAAAGGCCGCAGUGUCAGAGACCUUACCUGUCAUCCAGGAACUUGGGCUGAAUCUGGGUUUUCCUGAGCUGUACCAGCCUGUCAAAUAAGGCAACAACUGUUCCCACAGUUUUAAUUAAAGUCUUUGAAAGUUUA